AUGAACGAAAGUUCAGAAUACAAAUUUUCUUAUAUUGUUAGUUUGAAAUCAGAAGUUAGUUCGGAAUCAAGUACUGAAAUGUAUUAUACGUUAAUUUCUACUUGCGAAUAUGAAACUGUGUCCUUGUAUUCAGGCAAGAUAUUUUCCACAUGGAAGACUUGCGAAAGGUUACUUAAUGAAUAUGCUAAAGAACAAGGUUUUCAUAUAGUUAAGGACCGGGUUUAUCGCGCGAAGAUGGCGUUAUUUGUCGACAAACAUUUUUAUGUGAUCACAGUCAUUCUUAUGAUUCAACUUCAAGUAAGUACACUAAAACGAAAAAGACACGAUGUCCUUUUCUUGUUAAUACCUCUUGUUCAAAGAUCAAGAAUCCUGCGCACUUAA